AUGUCCCUUCAAACCCCACGAAUCCUCCCUUCUCACCUCCAAGCCUUCCAUCCUUCAUCCGGCGGCAACCAGCGCAUCAGCACAGUCCGCAUCAUAGGCACAGUAAGCGCGCUCCACGGCGAAACCGCAGUGAUCACAUGCGGAAAUCACGGUGAUGUGACAUUACUCCUAAAGCCAGAUUCGCAUCUUCAGAUGGGAAAGUUGGUUGAGGUUGUGGGAAAAGUAACUGAGUUGAGUGGUGGGCAGGGUUUGGGGAUUAAUGUUCUUGCGACUAUAGAUUGGGACAGUCCUUCGAAUUUUGACUAUAAGAUCUACGAGCACGUUGUGGAUGUUACACAUCGAUACAAGGAGAUUUUCUACGACUCUUAA